UUCACUAUCUUACUGAAAUCAUAUAAUCCCUACAUUUUCCCAAAAUAAUUAUUCAUUAAAAUUGUUAGAAAAAAAUUUAUGACGAUUUCUUUAUUGCAAUAUUUAAUAAAAAAAAUUUGUUAUUCUAUUUUAAUGUUUCAAUAAUAACUAUUGUUUAGAAUGCCUUGUGAAAUGAUAACGGUCCAACUGGGCCAGUGUGGAAAUCAAAUUGGUUUUGAAUUUUGGAAGAAGCUUUGUGCCGAACAUGGUAUUAAUCCUGAAGGAGUUUUAGAACCCUUUGCUACUGAAGGUGUAGGUGACCGCAAGGAUGUAUUUUUUUAUCAAGCAGAUGAUAAUCAUUAUGUUCCUAGAGCAGUUUUGCUUGAUUUGGAACCCCGUGUUAUUAAUACUAUUAUGACCUCAAAUUACUCUAAACUUUAUAAUCCUGAAAAUGUGUACUUAUCCAAACAUGGAGGAGGUGCUGGUAAUAAUUGGGCAUCAGGUUUUAGCCAAGGAGAAAGAUUACAAGAAGAAGUCUUUGAUAUAUUAGAUCGGGAAUCUGAAGGUGCUGAUAGUCUUCAAGGGUUUGUAUUAUGUCAUUCUAUUGCAGGUGGCACUGGUUCAGGUAUGGGAUCUUAUAUUUUAGAACAUUUGACUGAUCGUUUUCCUAAGAAAAUAAUUGAAACAUACAGCGUCUUUCCAAAUCAAGAUGAAAUCAGUGAUGUUGUUGUCCAACCAUAUAACUCUUUGCUAACUUUAAAACGACUUGCUCAAAGUGCAGAUUGUGUUGUAGUUUUAGAUAAUACAGCAUUGAAUCGAAUUGCUACUGAUCGUUUACAUUUAGAAAAUCCAUCGUUUGCCCAAAUUAAUUCAUUAGUAUCUACUAUUAUGUCUGUGUCCACUGCCACGUUAAGAUAUCCAUCAUAUAUGAAUAAUGACUUGGUAGGUUUAAUAGGCCCUCUGAUUCCAUCACCACGUUUACACUUCCUUAUGACUGGUUACACACCCUUAACAUCUGAUCAUGAAGGUGCUAAUAUUAGAAAAACUACUGUGUUUGAUGUAAUGAGAAGACUAUUACAACCUAAAAAUAUGAUGGUAUCUACAGCUCAAGAACGAACAUCAGUACCACAUUGUUACUUGUCUAUUUUAAAUAUCAUACAAGGUGAUGUUGAUCCUACUCAAGUAUAUAAAUCUCUCCAAAGAAUUCGUGAAAGAAAGACUGUCCAGUUUAUUGAAUGGGGACCAUCUAGUAUUCAAGUUGCUCUUUCUAAAAAAUCACCAUAUGUUCCCACAGCUCAUCGUGUUUCUGGUCUUAUGUUAGCAAAUCAUACUAGUAUUUCACAACUUUUUCAAAGAGUUUUAGAUCAAUAUGAUAAAUUAAGACAUAGAGAAGCAUUUUUAGAUCAAUUCCGCAAACAAAAUAUGUUUAAAGAUGACUUGUGUGAAAUGGAUGAUUCUAGAUGUGUAGUUCAAAAUCUCGUAGAUGAAUAUUUGGAAGCUACCAAAGAUACUUACCUUCAAUGGCAACCUAAUGAAAAAAAUAUUACUGAAUAAGUAAAGUACAAUGCAGAUAAAUAUUGCAAAAACAUCUAUAUUUAUGUCCUAAAAUUAUUAAGAUUAUUUGAAAUAUUUAUACAUGAAUUUGUUGAAAUAUAUACUAUUAAAAAAUG